CAUAAUAGUAAAACAGAUUGUGGUUUUUAUGGAGUGAGUGGUAUUAUAUCUGUCAAUCUAAUGACGUUAAAAAGCGUAAAUGUGUGAAAUUCAGGAUUAUUCUGUUGAGCAAAAGGAUAUUUAUAUGAAUAAAUAUUCGGUGUGCUCAGACAUGGAUUUGUAUAUUACUGACUCACUCCAGGACAUGCUGGAUAUGGAUAUAAAAAAUGAAAUAGCAACAGACCUUAGUAGUAUUACAGAUUUUUCAGAUUCAUUAGGUCUUAAUUUUGCUGAUAUGUCACCGUUAUUAGACAUGGAAACAGAUACUUCAUCAACAUGGCUAAACCACACUACUAGUUUUGUACAUAAUCUAGAUUUAUAUGGGUCAGAGGCAAAUGCCGUUAUGGUUAACCCAAACUCUGUUAUGCCAUCAACAUUUGCUGAAACACCAGUAAAGAAUAUUGUAAAAGAGGAGGCCUCAAAUUUACUACUAACUUCAGCAGCAGCAAACACAGAUCUAGAUAGUAGUACAUCACUACCAAGCCCCAAGGAAGAGAAGAGUCAUCUAACAUUUUCACCCAAUACCAUCAAAGUUUCAAAGCCCAAAGAAACUGAAGAACCCGCACCAAAAAAAUUAGAAGAAGCAACUCAAAUGGUUAUUUAUGUCCGAAAACAAGAAAAGAAUGUGGUUAAAGAUUUAGUUAAGGACUUGGAUAAGUCUAAAGUAAACAAUGGCACACCAACAGUGAGAAUAAAAACAUCGCAAGCAGAAAUCCUCAAAGUAAAUAAUAAAAGUUGUUCUAUAUUAAAUACAAACCAAAAAAUAACACAACAAAUUGGCACUAAAACAAUUAUUUCGGGCAAUAUACAUAUAUUGGAUGCUAAACAAUCUAGAACAAUUUUAAGUAAUGGUAACAAAAACCAGGCAACAAUAUUGAUUGAUAACUCUUCAUUAAAUAGUAAUAGGCAAAUAUUUAAAACUUCAGUUAGUGGAGCUUUUACAGUAGAUACGAACCAAGCUAAAUAUGUAAACACUAGUAAUAAAGGUACAGUCAGUGAAUUUCCCAAACCAGCAUAUUCAUAUUCAUGUUUAAUAGCUAUGGCUCUAAAGAACUCAAGAACCGGAAGUCUGCCCGUUUCAGAGAUUUACAAUUUUAUGUGUCAACAUUUCCCAUAUUUUAAAACUGCACCAAAUGGAUGGAAGAACUCUGUUCGACAUAAUCUUAGUUUAAAUAAAUGUUUUGAAAAAAUUGAAAAGCCAUCAACAAAUGGAAGUCAAAGGAAAGGAUGUUUAUGGGCUAUGAACCCAUCAAAAGUAGGAAAAAUGGAUGAAGAAGUUCAAAAGUGGUCACGAAAAGAUCCACAAGCAAUAAAAAAGGCGAUGGUUUAUCCAGAAAGCUUAGAAGCAUUAGAAAGGGGAGAGAUGAAGUACAGUGGAGUAGGCGGUGACACAGAUGCUGAUGACGACGCAGACGGAGAUGCAGAUACGGAACUAGAUGCAGAUGUAGAAUUAGACCCCGAAAUCAAAGAGGAAGUUGAAGAAGAAGAGGCUAUUAUUGAACAGGAAAUGUCUGACCAAGAAUUGGAAGUGGAAGAAGUGGUAGAGGGUACGGGCAUGGUUGGCGGUACCUACCGGCUCCUAGCAACAGGACCAUCCUCACUCACAUCCUAUAUAACCGACGUGGAAUCUGGUGAAGAUGUUAGUGACGUAGAGGUGUUGGACCAAUCGUAUGAAGAAAUUGACAUCGACAUUGCUAAACCUGUAAAGUUGGAUUUAUCUUUAACGGAAGAUUACACAAUGCAUUCAGCCAAACGAGCAAAAACAAGCUUCAUAUACCAGCCUGUUACCACACAGUCGCACACGAGCAGACGAAAAACCCCUCUGGUGAACAGAGUUGCAUUGAUAUAAUAAUUAGAAUGGGUAAAUCAUAUUAAAUUUGGAUUCAUGAAAAUGUGAUGAUAAUGUAAAUGGGGUCAAUGGUAUGACAUGCCUCCAACAAAUGUUCCAUUACUAUUAGAUUAAUGACGAAUAUUGCAAUGUCUAGUAAUUAGCUGUGAAUUGUGUAAAGUUUUGUGUUUAUUGAGUGCAAACGUGAUAGUCUGUACCAGAUAAGUGUAUUUACCUACAUUUUUUUAUACAAGCGUGGCACACUUGUUACAUAUCUUCACUGUAAAGUAGCCUGUAUUUUUAUGUGGCGUCCGGCACGGUCCGGUUCUAAUAAACAAAAAUCGUAUUGACAUUAUUGUGUAGGAUUUACUUAGAAUGUAAUUGUAUGUCCUAUUAUUUACCGUUUAAUGUGUUUAGUUGAUUGUUUGAUUCUGUAGUUAUAAUAUGCACAUACAAAACAGUACAAAGAUAUUUUGCUGCCGAAACGUGACUUCAGUGCUUAUAUACUUAAAUAAUAUCGAACAUGUAUCAUACGUAAUGUAUAAUUAUAAGAUAAUUCAAUCUCAAGACCCGUACAAGUACUAUAAAUAGCGGGUAUGUAAUUAAAGAUCCCACCGCUUAAUUACCUAUGUAAAUAUUUAUACAUAUAUAUAUAUGUUAUAAUUUUUCAUACUUAUAAUUCAAAAUUAUAAUUUUUUUUGUAUA